GCAAUCAACUUGCAUUAGCUCCUCCUUUAAAAGCCCUCCUUCGAAACGCUUAGUGCAUGUUUGUUGAAUGUUCCUUCUUACUCUCUCUUUUAAGAUUUUUAUUUCUGAUUUACAAAUAAAUUUGUUUUUUCUUUUUUUCUCUUAUUAAAUUUCGUCUGAAUUUCCUCGUUCAAAUUCCAUUUCCAAAUCUUUCAAUUCUCUUAAUUGUUGAUUAUCAUUUUUAAUUUGUAAAUUCCUUGUUUGUUCAGCAUGGGUGUUGCAGUUCUAAAACCAGAAGAUUGUUUAAGGUUCCCUAAUCCCAUGAAACACCCAAAAAACCCUUUCCCUAACACAUACCCUAACCGGACAAACCGUACUCAACCAAACCGUAAGAAGCGUUCUCCGAACACCUCUCCUCCUUCUCGUCCGACUGCCGGCCGCAAAGUUCCGGCCCAAAGUCUCGUUAUGGGCCAAGUCAGGAUCCUCAAACGCGGCGAAGAUCUUAAAAAAACGACGCCGGAAAAGCAUGUAAGGUUCGAAAAGGAAAACGUUGAUGCAGAUCUGGCUUCAGCUAACCGUUUAGGUCCAGAUCCCAGGUCCGUUCGGACCCAGAUCCGACUCACUGAGUCAAACAACAACAGCAACAAGAAGGUCUUUCCAUCAUCGUUUUAUGCUGGGUCGGCCUUUAUAACAUCGCCGCCUCCGAGUUCUGUUCCGAUGCCAGCGUUUUUUACAAAGAAGAUUGGCGUUGCUGUGAAGAAGGAUGAUGCGACGAGUGACUUGAGGAGGAUAUUAAGGCUUGAUUUGUAGCUAUAGCGAAAUCGAGGCCUGAUGCUUUAAUUAAUUUGUUGCAGAUUGCUAAUCUCUCGUUUGGGUUCUCUAAUUUUCGAUCAUCCCUUAUUUUUUCAAGGGGAAAGAUCGAAGUAGCUAACUCAAAAAAGUAGGUUUUAGUUUUCCUAAUCAAGUUCCUCUGCUGUAAAGUUUAGCUUUUGUCUAGACUUAAUUAGAUUAUUUGCUUUGGUAUGCAGGGUGUCUGCUGGGUGUCUACUGUCUAUAUAGGGUUAAUUUCAUUUCCUAUUUUUCUUGUGUAUUUGGUAUUCGGCACUGGGUCUGUAUUUGAACCUGAACUAGUCGUCAAGUAUGUUGGGGUGUGAAUCGUGUAAUUGAUUCAUGUAUCCCUCUUGCUUGUCAGUUAUUAGUUAUGAUGUAGUAGUCUUCUGAUUUAUGAAUGAAAUUAUAGUGGUUUUUCAUUGUCGAA